AUGGCUGCCUCUACAGCCAGCUCGGCUGAGAUGAUCACUCAGCUCGAGUCUGCGCGUAAGCUUGCCCUCAACGAUCCGCAAGUCUAUACUCAAGUCGUGCCGGGCAUAUUACCUCUCAUCGGGCCUUCGGCGGCGCUCGAUAUUCGUCGAUGGGGAGCUGAUUUCAUCGCGGAGUGCUUUGCCAGUCCCUCGUUGCCAAACGCGCAGAAAGAAGAGCUCGUGUCGGAUGUCUUGCCGUCACUGCUCGGGUUCCUUGAGAAUCCUGCAGAAGACACCGCAGUAUUGAGAAGUGUGGUUCAGACAGCUACUAGUUUAUACGCUUUGGUGUUUAAGAGAAUAGCUUCGCACCCGGAUCAGUCACCAGUAUGGCAGACCAUGCUAGCCAUCAAGAUGAGCAUCCUGCAACGGAUGGAUCUUGCGCCAAUCACGAUAAAGAUAUGCUGCAUCAAGUUCCUACAGAAGGUGGUUCAAGUGCAGACGCCGGGAGUCAUUGCAGAUCCAAGACGAACAGACUCGAACGAGACGUCUCUAGCCAUCGUUCCGCGUCAGCACCCUCUACUGCCACUGCCUCAGCUAGAGGCUGAAGGUGCAGGCCUCCUCGAUCGGCUGCUGAGUGUCUUUCAGGACCCCAACAUGGAUCCAAUACUCGUGGACGCGACGCUCAACUGUCUUGCCAUUCUCAUUCGCACACGUCCUGCCGUGGCGAACAAGAUCCUGUCAGCUGUCCUGAAUUUCAACCCCUUCAGGUCUGCUCCAACCAGCAUGACACCUAGACUCAAUGUCAUAUAUCGAUCGAUGGAGAGGACAACAUUUGCGCUUCUCAAGUUCAUCAUGAAGAGCAUGCCAAACCAUGCGAUGAGUGAGAAGGUAGGCGCCUACAUGGUUCGCUUGCAACAACAAAGGGUCGGCAUCUUUAGCGGAGGGGUUGGCGUCAAGCGUUCAGCUGAAGCAAUGGACGGCCCAAAUGACGCGAAGCGACAGCGUCUUACCGAAGUGCCCAAGUUCCCACCAAUGCCGCCUCCGCCAAAUACCGUUGCUCAGCUGUUUACCCUGACUGAGGAUACGAUGCUCCACCAAUUUGACGUGAAACUUCUACCAAUCGACAUCGUCAAUCAGGUGGUGGCUCUUCUGAUUCAGAUGACGGAAGCUGGGCGGUUAGAGCCGGCCAUGGACGCGGUCAGGAUGCGUCUCGACAAGUUGAGGAAAGCAGCCCAGCCAACGCCUAUACCGGACAUACCAAUGGCCGGUCCAACUGGAAUCGACGAUGACGACGACUACGAGCCAGACUUCGGCCAGUCGACUGAAGCGGCUGCUGAGAACACAACGACUAAGGUCCUCGAGGAACUGAUCCAGCCACCCAUCAAUUUAGGACCAUUUGAACUACCGAAGCCGCCCCCACUGUCAGAUUCUGAGGUAGCCAUUCUGUCAGACCAGACAAUCCGCCAUGUAUUGGGUCUGGUCCAUGGGCUAGAGUCUACAAACACCGUGUCGGCUCGACCGAAGAUGGGCUUCGCUCGCUUGGCAGCGGCUGCUAACGACCGCGACGCUUGGAUCACGAUCAUUUCGCGCAUAGCGGCGCGGACGCCUGCCUCGAUCGACGAGUACGGGGAGUCUGAAUCUUCGCUGGACGCCGACGAAGAUGGCACACUCACGAAAGCAAGUCCAGCUCGGAAGUCUGAUGGAAUUGCCGGUCGAAUUCGUGAACACCUUUUUAUGUACAUUCUUGAGGAUUUCCGAUCACGCCUCAACAUUGCCAUUUCCUGGUUGACCGAAGAAUGGUACGCAGACAAAAUGCAGGCUCGUUGCAAGUCCCCAUCAUCAACGCCUCCAACAGACCUUCCGAACUACUCUGAAUGGUCUGCCCGCCUGUUCGACCGCGUUGCACAGUAUCUUGACAAAGCAGACUCCAAACUCCUCAUUCGCUUCCUCUCUGAGAUUCCAGCAAUCACCAAGGCAAUUCUGGACAGUUUGAAGACGCUGGCCCAGGAUCCGGAGAGAGUCAGUAUGUGUACAUUAGCAAUGCAAUACCUGCUCAUGUUUCGGCCACCGUCGAGGGACCUAGUGAAGGAGGCCCUGUCUGAGAUGAUCGAAGCUGGCGAUGAGCAGGUCAAGAGCGCGGCUGGGAAGGUUUUGGAACGGUUUGAGAAAGGCCAGUCGGGCAGUGCAGCGCCGGCAAAGCCAAAAGUUCUUCCGAAAAUUGAAGCUACACCGGUUCAGGUCGACGCGCCAGUAGCAGAGGUCGCAGUCGUCAAUGGAGUAGAGCUGCACGAUGGAAUGGACACAGUCAAGGCUGAAUAG